GGCUGUGGAGCACAGAGAUUGGGAUGGGGAGAAAGUGGAAUCUACAGUAUUUUGCUUAGGAAGGGUCUCUACCCGAAAUGUCACCUAUUCCUUUCCUCCAGAGAUGCUCCCUGUCCCGCUGAGUUGCUCCAGCUUUUUGUGUCUAUCUUCAGUUUAAACCAGCAUCUGCAGUUCCUUCCUACAAAUUUCGGGUCACUCCAGCUUUUUGCGUCUACCUUCAGUAUUUAGCUUUUGGCCCACCUUAACAAAAUACCAUUGUAACCACGUCCUGUCUUUCUGCUGACUGGAUAGCCAAACAACAAAGACAAAAAAGCUUUUCACCCUACCUCGGUACACGUGACAAUAAACUAAAAACUGAAAGUAGGCACGCUGGUUAGAAACUGCACUUAUUCUGGGUUAAAGAUAGAUACAAAAACGCUGGAGUAACUCAGUGGGACUGGCGGUGUCUCUGGAGAGAAGGAGUGGGCGACGUUUCGGGUCGAGACCCUUCUUCAGACUGGGAAACGAGAGAUAUAGCUGGUGAGUGGAGUGGGGGUCCCUUCUGCGGCUGACUAGUCGAAGACAUGGGGAGAGAGGAAAACUGGAGACUUGCAGCAUCAUCGUGUGAGAUAUUCUGAGACAGGGGGGAGCUUUUCCAAACUGAAAGCAAGGGGAGUAGUCUUGCCAGGAGGCUCUGCUGGGCUCGACUCUGGCCACGGGGAGAAUGCUGUAACAUUGAUUCCCAUCUCCUGGGCUGGUUACUCUGUUGCAUUUUGUAGUCGCUACCCCUUGAACCGGAACUCCUCGACUCGAUUGGUUACACUGCACUGAUGUUACACUGUGUCUGCCUUCGGAAGAUAAGUCACCAUUUCAGACACCAGCUUCCCAGGGAUGUAAACGGCUCCAGCUGAAAAUCGUAGGGUUUAUUUUUAAAGGGAAAAUUAAAAAAAACAACCCAAAACGCUUCAAUCGAAGGAUGCCUAAUGGCAGAUGACUUUUGAUGGGCAAAUUUUGUUAUUUUUUUUGGAGGAAAAAAAUGACUUGGCUGUGGAAAAUGAGGAUGGAGAGGGAGACGAGAGGCUAGACUCCUUCGGGGUCAGUCAGUCUGAUAAGGGCGAAGGGAGAGAUCACACCGGCUUAUUUCAGAUGGGUGUGCAGUGCUGGCUGCAGCCGGACGAGGGUGUAUCUCAGAUCGGACACUGAUUUUUUUUCCCUCUCUCUUCCCCACACCCACCCUUCCUCGUCCCCCUUGAAUUUUGAUUUUUGUUGUGUGUGUGUGUGUGUGGUGGGAGAGGCGAACCCAUUGCACCCCCCCUUGUUGGUUGGGUGCGAGAGCUUCAUUCAAGCCGAAGGGAGGGAGAGGGAGAGGGAGGAUUGAUUUAAGCAGGAGGGAAGAUGGGGAACACCACUUCUUGCUGCGUCUCGUCCAGCCCCAAGCUGCGGAGGAACCACGCUCGGCUGGAAACCUACCGCACCGACACCGACAUCAGCCGGGAGGACACGGGCUGCAACUUGCAACACAUCAGCGACCGGGAGGCGGUGGACGAUCUAAACAUGGAAUUUAACCCUUCAGACCACCCUCGUGCCAGUACCAUGUUUUUAAGCAAGUCGCAAACAGAUGUGAGAGAGAAACGGAAAAGCCUCUAUGUAAAUCAUCAACCUCCAGGGCAGAUGAGGAGGAAAUACAGCUCUUGCUCCACCAUAUUCCUGGAUGACAGCACAGUCAGUCAGCCAAAUCUCAAAUAUACCAUCAAAUGUGUAGCUCUUGCAAUAUAUUACCACAUCAGGAACAGAGAUUCAGAUGGAAGAAUGUUGUUAGAUAUAUUUGAUGAGAAGCUCCACCCAUUGUCGAAAACAGAAAUGCCAGCAGAUUAUGACCGACAUGAUCCAGAACAGAAACAGAUAUACCGUUUUGUGCGAACGUUAUUCAGUGCAGCUCAGCUCACUGCAGAAUGUGCUAUUGUAACUUUGGUGUAUCUCGAGCGGCUCUUAACAUACGCAGAGAUUGAUAUUUGCCCCAGUAACUGGAAACGGAUUGUAUUGGGGGCCAUCCUACUUGCAUCCAAGGUAUGGGACGAUCAAGCUGUUUGGAAUGUGGACUACUGCCAAAUCCUUAAAGAUAUCACAGUGGAAGACAUGAAUGAGUUGGAACGGCAGUUCCUGGAGCUGCUGCAGUUCAACAUCAAUGUGCCCUCCAGUGUUUACGCAAAGUAUUACUUUGACCUACGGUCCUUGGCAGAAGCCAACAAUCUGAGUUUCCCACUGGAACCACUCAGCAGAGACAGAGCGCAGAAACUGGAGGUGAGUGGCAAACAGAGACUUAGAGCGUAGAGACUUGGCCAGCUU